UGUCUCUUAAAUAUGCUCUGUUCAUUGCAUUUCUCUUGUUGCCUAAUCUUCACAGGUUCUAGAAACACCUGCUCCAGCAACACCAUCCAAGUCUCUCCUGCUUAAUUCUUCUGCAGAUCGCAGGUAAUUAGCUAGGCAGCCAUGAAUUCUUCCUGUGUCUACUCCUGCCUCGAAGUUCAUGCGCCGGUGAGAGCGACCUAUGUGAAUCUCUACAAGUGGCCUGAAUCAGAUGCUGAGUUUGUCAGGAAGGUCACCCAAGGUGGGAGCCAUGGCAGGCCAAGGGAGUACCAGAGAAUUGUGGAUAGCUACUCCUGUAGACAGAUGUACUUGAGGAGUUACACUUUCACAAGGAAGGAAACUCUGCAUGAGAAGGCAAAGAAAUGCUUUGGGAAGAUGAAGAACAUGGAUUGCAGCGUGAGAAUCAUGAAGGGCAGGAACUACGUCGUCAAGAAGGCCGGCCGGAAAAUGGUCACGAAAACUUAUGACGCGUUGGUUUCUAUGUUCUUCCGGAUCUUGGCCUGCACCACCGUCGUUGAUGUGGUCGAUCCCAUGUGAGUGGGAUCGGGGACUCAGGAAGCUCUGUUUUCUCUGAGGCCAUUACUGUUAUGUUUAGGCGUGAUUCUGGUUCAAGUUUGCAUGUUUUCAUCCUUUGAAGCACUGCAUAUUUUCUUCUGAAACUCGAUGUAGAAGAGAUAAGAGAGGAAAGAAGCCUCCGAUGUUCCUCUCUAAAUUUAUUUAGUGAUUGAUUGGCAUGUUUGGAAAUAUUACUUCUACAUUAUAGUUUUUCUCCAGACUACUGAAUUAUGAAAGAUGAAUAAACUGUCCGAUUUAAGUU